AUGGAUCCAGGCACUGCCGAAGACACUGUCUCAGACGUUCUCGAGUUCAUGAGCGAGCGUAUCGAGAGCUUGACGAAAGUCUUCAACGAGGAGAAGAAAGGUCUUGUCAAGAUGUACCAACAAUACCAAGCCAUGUGCGAGGCGGGAAAAAAGGCCGACAAGACCAAAUCAGACAAAGACAAGAAAGACUACGAGCGCAAAAGAGAGAAGUUGGUUGACAUGAUAUGCAAGACCUCGCUUGGCUGGUUUGUGAAGUAUGUGGCAAAAGACAUGGUCCCCGAGAAAUGGUGGGAUGCGGGCUUUGGUGAUAUUGUAGGAGAUAAGAAAGUCCAGGGAGCACUGGUAGACUGGCUAGGUGAUGUCAAGAGCAAGAAAAAACAGGAGAAGAUGAAGGACAGUUUGAAGAAGGUUGCACCAGAAGCCACAAAGAAGCUCUUGAACACCCUCGCUGAGUGUGCCCGCAAAGGAUUCUUGAAAGUUCUUCGUCACAGACUUCAUCAGCAUCACCCAUAUGAAGAAACGGACAAGGAUAUCAACGACGAUUUGCCAGAGGCCGAUGAGAUUGAGACUGAGAUCGAGGACAGGAAGGACAAGGACCAUCACAUCCAUCAUACUGAGGUCCUCGAGGUCGACUGCCACGAUCCCUAUCCGUUGGACAUGUUGGCAAAGAUGGGCGCCCAUGGCAUGGGGUCGGACGGUUGGUCGGACAACGCCCACAUGCCCCCACUGCAUGAUGAUCAAGCACAUAAUUGCGAUGAUCAAGCAGAUGGAUACGAUCAAGUUGAGGAUCUUCAACCAGAGUGUGAGUGA